AAGGACCGCGGGGAGAGAGAAGGAAAGCCAAAGGGCAAAGCCGCGUGCCGUGCGGCCACGUGAUCCCCCCCCCUCGCGCCGCGCCCCGUUGCCAUGACGCCGAGGCCCCGCCUGCCGCGCGGUUUCAUGGCAACGAGGCGUUCCUUCAGGAGAGGGCGCUAAGUUGAGGGCAACGGCUUCAAUAUACCGUUGCGCAUGCACCUGGUUUCUGCGCAUGCGCCCUGCGCAGCAGCUGGCCGGUAGCCAGUGUGCUGGGGCGGGCGGCUGGGCUCGGCUGUCUGCCGGCCGGCCCUAUGGCCACUGUGUUUCUCGUCACGCUCUACGAGUACUCGCCGCUUUUCUACAUCACGGUGGUGUUCGUUUGUUUCCUCGUCACCAGCGGCCUGGUGCUGGGCUGAUAUACUGUGGAAAGAUUUUAUUCUUGUUUUGCAUUGCCUCCCCUAGAUCUGGCUAGGUGGAAGUGAAGGCAAGGUUGGUCCUGCUGGAUGAAGCUCCACAUCGUUACUUACUUCAGGAAAGGUUUGGACUGGGGGUUCCUGUUAUUCUCAGAAACUCAGAAGAAACAGAAUCCAGCACCAGAGUACUGAAGAAGCAGAUGAGACAAGUGAAGAAUCCUUUUGGUUUAGAAAUCUCUCAUCCUGACACAGCUUCGGUAACAAAGGGUGUAACACUGACACCUGACUGUCUGGAAGACUGUGUUCUUACGUGCUACUGGGGCUGCAAUGUUCAAAAACUCCAUGAGGCGUUGCAAAAACAUGUCUACUGCUUCAGAAUAAAUACUCCUCAGGCGUUAGAGGAUGCUCUGUAUGAUGAAUAUCUCUACAGACAGCAAUACUUCAUCAAAAAAAAUGACAAGGAAGAAAAAUAUUGUCAGCUACCAGAAGAUGCUCAAGUUGUCGACUUUGGCCCAGUGCCUCGACUUUGCUAUCCUCUGAUAGCACUGCUGACAUUAGCUGAUGAAGAAGACAGGGAAAUAUAUGAUAUUAUUUCAAUGGUGGCUGUAAUUCAUGUUCCUGACGAGAGCUACAGACUUUCCUGCAGAAUAUUAUAUCAGUACCUACUUCUAGCUCAAGGCCAAUACCAUGAUCUGAAGCAGCUCUUCAUGUCUGCAAAUAGUCCUACGCCACCUUCGUGUGGUACCUCUCCAGAUGAGAGAAGCACAGAUAGAAGCUUGCUGGAAAAGGCUGGACUGGCUGAAGAUGAACCAGAAUUGCAUGAAGAAAACAGUAAAGACUGCGUUGUGUGCCAGAAUGGCACAGUGAACUGGGUACUCCUGCCCUGCAGGCACACGUGCCUGUGCGAUGGCUGCAUUAAGUAUUUUCAGCAGUGUCCAAUGUGUAGGCAGUUUGUUCAAGAGUCUUUCCCACUCUGCAGUAAAAAGGAGCAAGAUGAAGAUGAAUCAACCCAGAUCUUGCAAGAUGUUCAUCCUGGAAGAGUUUUUUAAUGGAGACAAAAAUAAAAGAAUUGGGUUGUAUGCACCAAGGUUAAAUGUAGAGAACAGACUGUUUAUGGGAGGAUAUCUAGCAUUAACUUGUACAGUUUUGCUUUUCAUUGCUAGGCAAUUUUCAGCUUCCUUAUGUGUCUUCGCUCCAUACGCUCACAGGAACAUUACAUUUCUCUGUGCAAUGUGGACAGAAGAAGUGCGUAGGAUCUACUUGAAGGAUGGGAUUAUUUUUAUAGCUUCUUACUAAUUUUUCAUGGAGUACUACUGCAGGCUAUUUUGAUUACUAAAUUUAGCUUUAUCUACUUGCAAACAAAACUUGCAAGUGAAGUUGAAAUGCACAUAGCUUAUUCUAUAUUUAUUAUAUUUAAAAUAUUAGAGCUAUAUAUCAUCUUAAUUCCUUAAAAUUUAGAAACCUGGCACUUUACAGAGUGUGACAAAUGAAGGAAAGGGUACAUUCUCUGUAGUCAAACCCAUAUUUAUUCUGUAGACAAAGGCUGUACUGUGACAGGAGCUAGAAGGAGAAGUUGUUCAGGACACUGUUUGGGGCUAUUUUGAAAUGAUGUGCAUGUGAAGGGUCUGAGCCAAAGCCCAGUGAACCAGUGGAAAGGGUUCUGUUGCUAUUUGUUGCCUUGAACUAAACCUUGCUGACACUUUCAAGCCUGAGCUGCUACUACUAUGUCAUCUUGCAACAGAUUUUCAAUCUUCCGGCAAGGGCUGCAAGAACUUGUUCUCCAUACAAAUGUUAGUUAAUUACUCCAUGGAGUUACUUGAGCAGUUCUGCUGUGCUAUUCUUAUCCGAGUUGCCUGCUUGGGGAAUUUCCAAUUCUGUUUACUUGCAUUGUCAGACUGGAUGAAAAGUUGACCAUUACUUUUCCUUUUAUCAGUAGUCCCAGGACAUUUGCUUACUCUAAUAAAGAAAGAAGCUAAAGAA